AUGAGGAACAUUCUAUUCGAUGACGGUGAAGACGAAACCAGCACCCAGAAAGGUUAUACGGCGAGUACGAAGCCGAAGCAGGUUCCCGGAUGCAAUAUUUUAUCGUUCAUGGAAGAGUUUUUAAAAGUAGAGUAUGGGAAUGACUCCAAGCACUCCAAGCAAUUCAUAUUCAAUAUCUCAGAGAAUAGACUUCUUCUGGGAGCAGAAAGUGCUUUGCCGAAAGAAUUCAGUGAUACCGGGGAUAAAUUACUUUCGAAUGAGCAAGCUUACUUGGAAAUAGAAGAAUUUUUGGGAAAGUUACAGCACGUCUCGGAAAUGGGACGGUCAUCUGGUACCAAAAAUGAAUACCUAUUGCAGAUUACUUCAGAAGUAGAAGACUGUUUAAAAAGUAAGUAUAAGUACAACCCAAGCCCAUUGUUCUAUCCCUCGCGGAAUGAUACAAACCUCAAAAAAUAUAACAGGAUUCAAUUGAUUGACAGUUUGGGUAAGAUGACUAAGGAUACAUACUGUAAUGGGGAGUAUGGACCAGUAAGAAACUUAGAAAAUCCUUCUUUAGCAAGUGCUCAAGUUUGUCCCGGCUCAACGAAUUUGAAUAGACUUCAUGUCGACCAUUUUGAAACGUUCACUGUUCAUUUUCGUGGAGUCAAGAACAACAUGUUAGAAUUGGAUAGAAGAGAGCGAAAGGUAUUCUUGAGCCAGCUUCCUUUGAAGGACCUAGGAACAUUCCAGCAAGCACUCCUGCAAAGAAUGUGCCAGCUCAAACUUGGAAAUGAAUUUUCUUCAGUUCAGUACCAGCUUUACACGAAAAUAUUUGAUGAUGUAGGUGAAGAAAGAGAUGCUAGGAAUGAGGCAAGUUCUGGCCUUGAGGUUUUCAAACAGCCACUAAGAGCCAUUUGUUCCAGAAUCAGCUGGAUUGGUAGCACAUUGGCAUAUAAUUAG